CCCCUGCCCCGCUGCCCCCCGACGUCCCCGUCAUCAGCCUGGGGCACACCAAGCGCCCGCCCCCCCCUGACGUGCCCACCACCGAGCUGACGGCCCUGCACCCCAUCCCGUCCCUGGUGCAGCUCUCAGCCCUGCCCCCGGCGCCCCCCCCGGCCCCCAUGCCGCUCGCCGGCCUUCAGAGCCCGCUCCUGCCCCCGCAGUACCACCCCCACCCCUUCCUCAACAGCGUCUACAUUGGCACCUCCGGCUCCCUCGGCCUCUAUCCCAGCAGCCGCCUCAAGCGCCGGCCCAGCCCCUUGGAGCAGGAGCUGAUGGAUG